AAAGUUCAUCGAUCACCUCAGUCCUCAGUUCGCGAUCGACUGCGCGUGAGCGCAGUACUACGAGCUUUAUUUAGAUCAAACGCCGCGAUCUCAAACAAAGUAAAAAGUGUUCGUUAGUCGAGAUUAGAAUAAAACAGGCGACAUGGCUGCGUUUGGCAUGAGGCCGUGGUGUUUGGUCGCACUCCUUCUCAUCGUAUCCUGUACACACACAGAGGCCAAAAAUGUCACACACGAAGAUAUCCGAGACGCUAUGCUAUCACUCGUCCACCUCUUCCGUGUAUCAGAAAGCAAACUGGAUCGCCACGAAUUCCGAGAAAAGGCUCUUGGAGACCAGCUGAAGAAAAUGCUUAUUUCUUUAGAAAAGAAGCACAAAGCACUCGAGCCCUUAAAGGGGCUAAUUUCGCGUCUGGAUGAACGAGUCUACAACGUGGAAAGUCUAUUUAUACAGAAAGAGGAAAAAGAAAAGGCAAAGCAAGAAAAAACUCACGAAAUGUUGGAAGACAUACAGAAGUCAUUGCAAGCACUCACGGCUACAGUGAAUAAGAACUUGAAGGCAAACACAGCACCAGUAGACGUAGAAACGAAUCUAACCACCGAAGAUGACUCUAUAAGCAGGCGACUUGAUGCUACCGACGCUAAGUUGGAUGCUGUUAAACAAGAAAUUCAGGAUUUGAAGAACAGUUUGAAUAAGGACGCUCUUCGGGCUUUCUGCGUAGAAAUGGCAACUGACGUGAACCCCUUCGAGCGACACAUAACAGAGGCUGAGAAAUUACUGAACAAGUAUGAAUUGAAGCUGAACAAAUACAACGAAACGUCUUCCAAGAUACCAACAGACUUUGUGCCUUUGAGCGAGGUUACGCUUGCAGACGAGGCUUGGCACAACAAAAUGAGUGAAGUACUGGAGCGGCAAGAAGGUGAAAUAAAGAAGAUUCAACUGUUGCUGUCAAAUGCGGAGAGCAUGUGGAAGGAUCUGCCGCGACUUGCGGACAUCAAACGUGCGACCAAUGAUACUUUGGAAGCACUGGUCGCUGCACAGUCCAAUAUUACCGGCAAUGAAGAUAAUACUGUUAACAAAAUAACAACAAAAUUGCGUGAAAUGAGUGACCGCCUAGUGGCGACCAAUAAAGAUAUUCAACAAAGUCUAACUGAGAGUAACACAAUGAGCGAACGAGCCUACGAUGAUAUACAAAAGAGCUAUGACACUUUAAGAAACGAGGUACAAGCAUUCUCAAGGAACGAAAACGUAAUGCUACAAACCGCUGAUGAUGUGAUUGCCACUAAGAAACGUAUAGAAUACGGAGUAAAUAGAAUUUUGCUUGAAGUUGGAGAGAAUAUCAGAUUACAGGGCAGACUUCUAAAUAGCACGUUACUGAGCAGGGUCGAUGAAAUAGAGAAGCAUAUAAUGAACAACCAAACUAUGACUCUGGGCAAUAUCACAUCAAAGAUAGAGUCGGAUAUGUCGCAGGUUUGGCGCCAGAUCGGCAUCAUGUACGAGCAACUGACCGCCAGCAAGAAAUCUAUUGACAGAUUAUCUGAACAAACCGCGCAAUAUGUUAAUGGCAGCACAACGACAUUGGACGGAAUGAAAGAUAAGGUGGGCCUGAUAACGUCACGCGUGUCCGCAGUGGACGAUAACCUGAAUUAUUUGUUGGGACGCCUGUCCCUCGUGGUGCAGGAGUUUAGUCAGAUCAAAGCGGGCUUGAGUGACGCGCUCGAGAAGUCGCACGGCGAAUUGCAAAAGGUGCAAUCGAAGAUUGACGACAACGGCCCUGGUCCGCACGCUGCCGCCAAAUAAAACCUAACUAUAGUUAGCGAUAAUUAAUCAUAAACCAAAUUAAGGAAGAUCUAAUAAAAUUUAAUAACAUUAUCUGUAAGUUGACUGAAUUAUCUGUAAUAAAUUUUGUAUCUGUAA